AUGGCUCCGAGACGUGCGGUUAACGGAGAUAGGGAGGAAGAGGGACGGGAGGAGGUGCAACCCCCUUCAGAUGCUGCUACACGUUUACUUGAAGGAAUGGCUCAAUUAUUUGAGCAGUAUGCAAGUAAUGCUCAUAGGGGAGGGCAGCAGGACAUCUAUGUGCAGUUUAGGAGAAUGGAUCCUAAAGAUUUCUCGGGUACUACUGAUCCAUUUGUGGCGGAGGGAUGGAUCCGAUCAUUAGAGGUGAUCUUCCGAUAUAUGAAUAUGGUAGAUGCUGAUAGGGUUCGUUGUGCCAUAUAUCUGCUGAAAGACGACGCUUCCUUAUGGGGGUGCCAUUUUGUACCCCUUAUUGCCAACGACGCUGCUAAGAAACUCAGGCACUUCUUGGACGGUCUCAGGCCUACUAUCCGCCGAGAUGUUCUCCUCACAAACCCAGCUGCGUAUAAUGAUGCUGUUAAUGGAGCUUACAGGGCAGAGCAGUCUUUGAAAGACAUAGAAUGGGAGAUGCAGAGAAAGAGGCCACAACCACAACAGCAGAAUAAGAAGCCUUACACGGGGCCACAGAAAGGACAGCAAAAGCCUCUGGGGAACCCCAAGCAACAACUGAGAGCAGCUGCCCCAAAGACCGAGGAGAAGCCACUGUGCAAGGAGUGCAACCGCCAGCACCAUGGCAAAUGCAUGUGGGGUACCUACAAGUGCUUCAACUGUGGAGAAGAGGGACAUAAAGCUCUGGAUUGCCCAAAGAAGAAACAACCUAUGAUUGGUCGAGCUUUUGUGAUGCAUGCCAAGGAGGCGGAGCCAGACACUACGCUUAUCACAGGCAGAAUAUUCAUCGCAGGCAUAGGUACCUAUGCAUUGCUAGAUUCUGGGGCUACACACUCAUUUAUAUCUGAGACCUUCUUAAAGCGACUAGGAAUCUUACCAGAAGACAUGGAUGUGGGAUUUAGAGUCAUAGUUCCCUCGGGUGAACAAAUGUUAUCUACCAAGAUGGUAAAGGAUAUUGAGCUUAGACUACAGAGGAAGGUGGUUCGGGUAGAUUUUAUUGUGUUGCCAAUGCCUGAAUUCGACAUUAUUUUGGGGAUAGACUGGCUAUCACGGAAUGGAGCUUCGAUUGAUUUUCGACAGAGGACAGUAUCUAUCAGACUGUCUAGCGGGGAAAUGUUUACUUUUGAGGCAGUUCAAAACAAGCAAUUGCCGCCUAUUAUUUCUUGUAUAGGUGCAAAGAAGCUUUUGCGUAGAGGUUGCCGAGGAUUUCUGGCUAGUAUUAUUUUAGUACCUGAUGUCAUCCGUCAGAAGAUUGAGGAUGUUGAAGUUGUCAGAAACUUCCCUAGCGUAUUCCCUGAGGACAUUUCAGGCAUUCCACCUGAGAGAGAGGUGGAGUUCUCUAUUGAGCUGAUGCCAGGGACGGUGCCAAUCUCUAAGGCACCAUAUCGACUGGCACCUGUAGAAAUGAAAGAGCUAAAAGAUCAAAUUCAAGAGCUACUGGAUAAAGGAUUCAUUCGUCCGAGUUUUUCUCCAUGGGGCGCGCCAGUAUUAUUUGUGAAGAAAAAGGAUGAAAGCAUGAGGCUCUGUAUCGAUUAUCGAGAACUGAACAGAGUCACAAUAAAGAACAAGUAUCCCUUGCCUAGAAUUGAGGACUUAUUCGAUCAACUGCAAGGAGCUUCAGUAUUCUCAAAGAUAGACCUUCGUUCAGGAUACCAUCAGUUGAAAGUAAAGGAAGCAGAUGUCUACAAGACGGCCUUCAGAACUCGGUAUGGACACUAUGAAUUUAUGGUAAUGCCAUUCGGGAUGACAAAUGUCCCAGCGAUCUUCAUGGAUCUCAUGAAUCGCGUAUUUCGACCAUAUCUUGAUCAGUUCAUCAUUGUGUUCAUAGAUGAUAUUCUGGUCUACUCGAAGGACAGAGAGGAGCAUAGGCAACACUUGAAGAUAGCCUUACAGAUAUUGCAGGAUCAAAAGUUGUUUGCCAAAUUCAGCAAGUGCGAGUUUUGGCUAGAGAAAGUGGCAUUCUUAGGACAUAUUAUCUCGAGAGAUGGAGUUGAAGUUGAUACUUCUAAAGUUGAGGCAGUCAGAGAAUGA